UUACCGUAUAGUGUGUUUCCAGCCUUUCAGAAGUACGUUUCAAUAUAAUACUGUUCCGAGAAAAUCGUUAUAAUCGUAAUAUAUUGCUAUGAAGGAAACUAAAGAAGAGAAAAGCACUAACAAUGAAAUGGAAAAGCGAUCUGUAAGAUGGGCCGUUGUCCUUUUUUACUUAUAUCUUCAUGUGCUAGGAAUCGCAGGAUUAUUAUUUUUAUUUACCAGAGCUAAAUGGAUAACAGUUUUUUAUUUUUUAUUCCUUGUUACUAUCACUUCAAUAGGAUUGACAGCUGGUGCGCAUCGAUUAUAUGCACAUCAAACUUUUGCUGCAACGUGGCAACUUAAAUUCUUCAUUGUGCUAUUACAUACUUUUGCUGGCGUGGGUCCGCUACACGAUUGGGUGUUUUGGCAUAGAAUGCAUCAUAAAUAUUAUGGCACUGAAAGAGAUCCAUACAAUCACAAUAAAGGAUUUCUUUAUUCUCAUUUCAUUAGCAAUUUAUUAACAGCACCCUCUGAUAUAAAAACUUAUGCAAGAGACAUCGAUAUGCGCGAUGUAGAAGCGGAUGGAUAUGUCUGGGCGCAACAAAAGCUCUAUUGGAUAUUCUUCAUCAUCGGAUUUUUGUUACCAAUAAACGUACCUUCAGAAUAUUUUGAUGAAUCGUUGGCUAAUUGCUUUUUAAUUAUUGGAACAGCACGAUUGAUGGUAACCACGCACAUUUCUUGGCUCGUCAAUAGCGCUUUGCUAGUUUGGGGCCUGGAAAGAGGAGCUAAGUACCCAGUCGAUGAUAACUCCGUAUUUUUCUUGUCGAAAUCAUAUUGGGUAAAUUAUCAUUAUCAGCUACCUUGGGACUGGAAAAGUGAUGAAUUUGGAACUUACGAGACUGGCUUUGCUACGUUUAUCGUUAAAAUGUGGCGCGAACUGGGAUUAGUCAACGAAAUGAAGACCGCAACCAGUGAGGAUGUGCGAAACGCUCUUUGCAAAGUUGCCACGACAGAAACAACAUUAAAAGAAGCUCUAACAGAAAUGCAAAGAAACGCAGAGGCAACCGCUUAUAGAGAGAAAUUAAUGUUUCAUCACUAGGAGGAUGAAUUCGCAAGAAUUUCGCGAAUUAAUAUUUAGUAAAAUAUAAUUGAAUUUUUUUCGUCAAUUUCAAUUAAAAUAGUAAACAUUUUGAAUAUGUGAUGUAUACAAAAUAACCAAUUAAAAUUUACGAUAAUACAAAGUGUAAUUUAUAUACAUUUUACAUACAUCGUUUCGUCCGUGAUAUAUUGUUUUUGAAAUAAAAUAUAUAAUCCAUUGAAAAAUAAA